UCGGCAAGGGCGCAGAUAGCGGCGGCCACGCAGCAGGCCAUUGCAAACUUCAAGAAGGCCAUGGUGGUGAGAGGCUGGCGUCAAUUUUCGGACAGUCUUAAGCUCUAACCGCAGCAGAAAUUGAGUUGCGGUCGGACUUUUGAACCUUCUUCCUGCUUGGUCACAAGAUCCAGAGUACAGACACGAAACACGAAUCACAAAACAACUGACUGUUGACCCGUGUUGACUUUUUCCGCAUGAAAUUGGUAAUUUUCGUCCUCUGUGAUGUUGGCAAACAAGCGCAAUUUCAGUGCAGCCAACAAAAGAAAGCAAGCGAGGAAGCGAGUUGGCCAGCGAAACAAAAAACAAAAAUAAUAAAACCAUAAACGUCAGCCGGCCGAUAAAGAAGACAUGGAAGCGAUCUUCAGCAUACCUUUCAAGGUCCUUGAAGUUCCCAACCUUCGGAUCAAAAAGCCGUCAUGGAUCCACAUGCCCUCUGCAAUGACAGUUUUCGCCCUUGUUGUUCUUUCAUAUUUUCUGGUCACUGGAGGCAUAAUUUACGACGUAAUUGUGGAGCCGCCAAGUGUUGGAUCCACGACUGAUGAAAAUGGACAUUCAAGACCUGUUGCUUUCAUGCCUUACCGUGUGAAUGGACAGUACAUUAUGGAAGGUCUGGCCGCCAGUUUCCUUUUCACCAUGGGUGGACUCGGUUUUGUCGUCCUUGAGCAAACACACUCUCCAGCAACCCCUAAGCUAAACAGGCUCCUGCUCAUCUUUGUUGGUUUCAUCUGCAUUCUUGUCUCAUUCUUUACUUGCUGGAUUUUCAUGAGGAUGAAGUUGCCAGGAUAUCUUCAGUCGUAAUUCCGAUUCCUUGUUUAUCACAUUGAUGAAGAACUAAAUAUUGUUUGGUACUGCACACAGCGAGAUAGGGAGAAUGUGAAUCUUUUGUAAAUUUCCAAUAAAGCAUUUUAAUUUUAUUUUUAUCUAUGCUUCUUCUUAAAA